CAUUAAUAAUAAUAUCAUUUAAUAGUAGUUACUAAGAGAGCAGUUAGUCCACGUUACGGAUUUGGAUGAAGGAAGAAGAUGGCUUUAGCUAGCGUGCUACGGUUGUUUCCCUCCUCACCACCACACCUUUCCCCACUUCUCUGCAAAUCCCCGCCCCCUUUUCCGUUCAACAGCAACCGUUUCUCCUCUUCCCCCUUUCCCAUUUUAAACCAACGCUCCUCUUUCGUCACUGCUGCCCUACCCGACUCCGCUGACGAACAAACCGUCGUCUCCGUUGAUUCUGUUGUCUCCGAAGAUAAUUUCAACGAUCCUAGGGUCAUCGUUUCGGCUUGCUUGGUCGGUGUUUUUACGGGAAUCGCCGUCGUUUUGUUUAACAACGGCGUGCAUGAGAUUCGCGACUUUUUCUGGGACGGGAUUCCUUACAGAGGUGCUUCCUGGUUGCGAGAGGAGCCUCUCGACUCCGUUUGGGUACGUGUUAUUUUUGUGCCUGCUUGCGGCGGUUUAAUCGUCAGCGUCUUGAACGCUGCUAGGAACGCCGUUUCGGAAGCUAGUUAUAGCGCCAAAGCUGCGUUGGGUUCUGUUUUGAAAGCUUUAGCGGCUUGUGUCACGCUCGGGACUGGCAAUUCCUUAGGACCUGAAGGUCCAAGCGUUGAGAUUGGUUCCUCCAUUGCUAAAGAAAUCCAUUCUCUUUUGGAUAAAAAUCCUCAAACCAAGCUCUCCCUUUUGGCUGCUGGCUCAGCUGCUGGAAUCUCAUCUGGUUUCAAUGCCGCCGUUGCUGGUUGCUUUUUCGCCGUUGAGUCGGUUUUGUGGCCAUCAUCGCCGGCGGAUUCAUCAGUGUCACUUACUAACACAACUUCGAUGGUAAUUCUCAGUGCAGUUAUCGCUUCCGUGAUCUCUGAAGUUGGUCUUGGUUCUGAACCUGCCUUUAAGGUUCCUGAGUAUGAUUUCCGGUCUCCUGGUGAACUUCCACUUUAUUUAUUGCUGGGUCUUCUUUGUGGCUUGGUUUCAUUGGCUUUUUCUAAAUUGACAUCUUACUUACUGGGUGUUGUGGACAAUCUUAACAAGGAUGUUGGGAUACCAAAGCCUGUGUUUCCUAUAGUUGGGGGACUAACUGUUGGUGUAAUAGCCUUGGCAUAUCCUGAAAUUCUGUACUGGGGUUUCGAUAAUGUCGAUCUUUUGUUAGAAUCUCGGCCAUUCGUCAAAGGUCUUUCGGGUGAUCUCUUGUUUCAGCUGGUGGCAGUCAAGAUUAUUGCAACUUCUUUGUGCCGGGCCUUUGGGUUAGUAGGAGGGUAUUAUGCCCCUUCACUUUUUAUUGGUGCAGCAACUGGGAUGGCAUAUGGGAAAUUCAUUAGUUUCGCAAUUGCUCAGUCUGAUCCAGCUAUUCACCUUUCAAUCUUGGAAGUGGCCUCACCACAAGCAUAUGGCCUGCGCCUUUUUCAGGUUGGCAUGGCUGCAAUGCUUGCAGGGGUCUGUCAGGUACCUCUCACUGCAGUUCUGCUUCUGUUUGAGUUGACUCAGGAUUAUCGGAUAGUUUUGCCUUUACUAGGAGCUGUUGGGCUUUCUUCUUGGAUUACUUCUGGACAGAUGAAAAGAAAGGAUGUUAAAGGGACCAAAGCGCUUGAAGAUGGAAACAGAUAUACAAUUCAACAGCCAGAAGAAUCAGAUAAUACAACUAGUCUAUCUUCUACCGAGGCGCCACCUUAUUUCAAUAACCUUUGUGAAGUUGAAAGUUCACUCUGCAUUGAUGAUUCCAGCAUUAGAACCAAGGAUUUAGAGAAGAGAAUUUUUGUUAAAGAAGCCAUGAGGACGAGAUAUGUGACAGUAAUGACGAGUACUUUACUUACGGAAGCAGUGACUCUUAUGCUUACGGAAAAGCAGUCUUGUGCAAUAAUUGUUGAUAAUGACAACCUUUUAUUGGGUUUGUUGACACUAACAGAUAUUCAUGAGUUCAGCAAAUUUGCAAAAGACAAAAGUUUGGACUCCAAGGUGCUUUUGGUAUCUGAAAUAUGUUCAUCAGAUGGUGCAAAAUGUAAAGUGCCAUGGACAGCUACACCUACUAUGGAUAUUCUGUCUGCAGAAAUGAUCAUGAAUAAAUAUGAUCUGAGUCAUGUUCCAGUGAUAUCUGAGCGUGUCAAAGACUGCAGAGGGCAGCCAAUUGGCCUUCUGGACAGAGAAUGUAUCAGUCUUACUUGCAGAGCCUUGGCCACAAGAGAAUCUCUUGAUUUUGACACAGUAAAGGCAAUUGUGGAAUAAGGGUGAAGCUUAACCCCGUACAUGAUAUAGGACGAGACAGUGAUUGACAUGGAAAAUUUUUUUUGUACUUUGAUUUCAAUUAUUGGUGAUCCUUCCAAUUUAGCCUUGGAAAACGGAAUUGGCUGUGUGGCCAAAAUCUUCUUUCUCAAAUAGAGCCAUCAGUUGGAGGGAAGCUAAAACACACACCAGAUAACCACUGGGACCUGGGAUAUGGUCCGACUUUCCUAUGCAUGGCUGGACCAACUGGAAGGGCUCUGUUAUACUUAUUUUUCUUCAAGCUGGGAGAUGAUUAGCCAACAUAGCUGCCUUAGGAUGUUCAGGACCAUCAAACCGUUCACAGCCCCGAAGGUCUAAGAUUUUGCAGGCUGGGGCUACGAACAAUUGGCAAAAGAGAAUUGUUCAAAUAGGAUUCUUACAUUGGGUAUAAUAGUCCUGUCCGAAAUUUUUUUCUUAUGUUAGCUAUUUUCGUGAUUUCUCUACCUUACACUACACUCAGUAAAGGUAGCUACACCACAACAGGUAUAUACUUUGUCGUGCUUUUAAUGUUCUAUCGAAGGACUUAGCAAAUCAUCAUGGGGGAGAGAUUCAAACACGAUGUUCCAUGUCUGUAUAAUCAUACCGAUUGAGAGAGCCUACUGAACGCCCAAUUUUGGGACAAGUAUUUUACUGUCUCCAACAUCAGCAGUACCAAUCACUGUAAAUGCACAACACAUUCUUUAUUAAAUUUUUAGUUGUAUGCUGACUUGUAUUGAUGGUUAUUUCAUGAAUCACCAUUGUUUUCGACAAUGAUUAAAA